AUACAUGCCUGGACAUUCAUGCUUAUAUUAUAUGCAUGCCAUAUAUUUAAGGCAAAUUAUUAUUAAGGCAAAUUUUCCAUAUGACUUUUAAAUAUUUGUUGUGAAUAUAUGUAAGUGUUUUCUUGUAUGAUAAUGUUUUCUAUUUUUAAUACAUAUUUCACUGUUUAUGGACAAACUGUUCUGACUAUUCAUUCUAUUUAGAUAAUUGCCCUAGGCAAUUUGAUCUUGUGUGUUGGGUAGCACACCUUAGUGUGUUCCAAAACACACCUUGCACCACCUAGCAGUAUGUGUCUUGGAACACACCAAAGUUGUGUAGGAAAACACACCAAAGUUGUGUAGGAAAACACACAACAGUGUGUUUCAAAACACACCUUAGUGUGUACUAAAGCACACCUUUUGCAAAACACACCUUAUAGUGUGUCAAAUUCUGGACAAGCAAGAAACACACCUUAAGGUGUGUUUUGGGACACACCUGCGUGUGUAAGAAAACACACCUUAACCUGUGUUAUAUUCUGGACAAAAAAGGUGUGUUAUUUGAACACACCUUUUUUUAGAGUGUGAAUACGUACAAUCCAGAAAGUCAGUUUAUACAAGACCUUCGAGAGAAAGGUGAGUGUACUGUCUGACGCUUUUGAAAUACUAUCUUUAUUUGUGUUUAGAAUCUUAACAAUCACGACUGCCGUAGAACAUUCUAAAUCUACUGAAUUAAUUGAAACGUAUAGAUUGUGAUGUAACCCAACCACUGUCAGUUGUUAGACCAUAUAUAGAAUGCAUAUCUCUUGCUGUUCUGAUCCACCUAAAAUAGCGUGAUAUAACUAUGACGCCUGUCUAUGGAGUUAUAUUUCAUUCAAACCCGUUCACAAUUUGUAAGUUACGACCUUUUCCAAAACAGUAAAUUGAUUGCGGCUGGAAAACCUUUCAUCAACAUUUCUCAUCAACACAUAACAAACCCUAAAUUCACUUCAUAAAAUUCUGAAUGAUUUUGUCAGGAUUUAAAUUUUAAACGUUUUCCUUUUUUUUCAGAAGUCCCUGGUAUGAAGGGAGUAGUAUCGUCAUCUAAAGGAUUACACACCAAACUACGUCAAGCUGCUCAACGGAAAAAUGGAGUAACAAAAGAACGCAAACAGUUGAUUAAAAUGGGAAAUAAGCUGAGAGCUGAAUUGUUGAAAUAUAAAGGAGGGAAAAAAUCGCCUUCAAUUGAGGCACGUCAAUCGUCCAAAGAUCCGCAGAAUGUGGCGCAAACAUCCCGAUCCCAACUACGGGGUUUGGAACAGUUGCAAUAUGAACUAACAAGCAAAGAACUGCAUGCAGUAUGCACAGAGAACACUAGCGAGGAAUAAUGAUCAGCAUUCGCUAUCUCCUCGCAAAAAAAAUUCCGCGUCGGCCCAAAAACUUCAAAAACACUCUUCAAACACGGAACUCGCAGAAAAAGCAGGCCUACCGGAAUCGUCUACUGUUCGUGACGAAAUCGUCUCGCGAUGGCAACCUUCGUUCUCAUCAGACGACCGCGCGUCGUUACAAGAUGUCUGGAAACUACUAGACGAGGACAGUUCUGGAUUAACCCAUCGCGGGGACGAAGUCAGCAAGUCUCAGCUUCGGGAAAGUUUCUCAACUACGGACAGUUUCACGGUCAAAGGUCAGCCUAGUCACGUGCAUCUCAAGCCAGAGUGUUCCAAGGCUGCGCUGUCUGUCAAGGCAGCUGGGAAAUGGACACUCUCCCAGGAACAUAAACAAAAUGAAAUCGAGAACGGGACAAAAAUGUUGGUUCUUUGGAAAGAUACAAAAUCCAAGAAAGCAACCAAAAGAAAAUUCCCUGCCGAGAUUGUAAAGAUAUCAGAUGACAAAGACUGGUUACUCAAAUACAUGAGAGAAGAUGAUUCUCCGGUUAAAACAGGCAAAGGUUUCCGUGUUAUAAAUGAUAGCGACAGUGACACAGAAAGACAGCAAGAACCAGCUGCAACGAAGAGGCAGAAAGCAGCAUCUAAAAAUGCUGAGCAAUCAAAGCGAUCAACCAAUCUGGCUAACAUGAUAAAGGAAAGAUACAGGAAGGAAAGUCUUAAAUUAUUUGAUGACAACAGUGUAUGUGAUGAAGAUUGCAAACAUUUAAGAGAAAAUAGAACGCUUCUGGCAACAAUCAAACACCUAAAAAGUGAAAAUGAAAGACUUCGGGAACAAAUCGAAAGUAGUGAUGAUUUAAAAGUUUCUUUGAGAAAACUGAAGAAGUAUGUUGCAUCCUUGGAAGGCUUUUCAAACCAAGCACCAAAAUUUGGUUCACAACAGAGCGUACGAGCAUACGAGCCUUCCGCAAGAUUGUCUCCUUUGACAACCAUGGAUCAUGGAAGAUCGUCUCCUAUCUCAUGUGUGUCAAGCUCAUCAACCAGAUCUUCUCCCACAUCGAUGAGUGGUUUUUCAGAAUUUGCUACAGAGGAACCAACCGUAAUUGCAAUUAGCGAAGACAACUUGUUGAAAGACAAAAGUAAGGAAAUACAAGGCUGUGAUGAUGACAACUAGGUCCAGGAGUUAGAGAAGGACACAUAUGCUUCCUCAAAAAUUUGUGGAAGUGACGAACAGUCUGGAUUGGCUGAUGUUAUGGCAGAUAAGGUUGUUCUGGGACCAGGCUUGUCGAUUUCAAAGAAUGUGCUUCAACGAAUAAAGACGAAGAAAGUAGG